CUCUUCAUUAGCCUUCUUUCUCGCUCUCUCCUUCCUUUUUCCUUGUUUAGCUCUCGCAGUUGUUGUCGUGACUAAGAACAAUGAAGCUUGCUUUUGCCGCCCUCCUCCUCGUUUCUCUUGUUCUCGCCUCCUCUUUGCACGCCAUGGCCGGCGGUCUGAGCCCGCAGCCCGCUCCGGGUUUGUGCGACACCAAGUGUGGCGAGAGGUGCCAGAAAGCGGGGGAAAAGGACCGAUGCCUCCAGUACUGUGGAAUCUGCUGCCAGAAGUGCCAAUGCGUGCCGUCGGGGACGUACGGGAACAAAUCGGAGUGCCCUUGCUACAGGGACAUGAAGAACUCCAAGGGCACUGCCAAAUGCCCUUGAUUCAAUUCCAUUUCUUUGUAUCUGAUGAAAGUUCUUUCAUAUUAUUCAUUUCAUUCGGUGAUAUUGCAUUGUAAAAGCUUUCUCGGAUCAUUUUCUCCUUCAAUAAUAAGAAAUAUUCGGUUGUUUUUCA